UCCAAAAAAUAAGUCGGCUCUGUAUAUUAAGUAAAGUGUUGUUUUUUAUAUUAAUGAUUAAAUAUUACUAAAAAGUAGCUGGUUUAUAACAAAGUAAAUUCAGAAAAAAAUAUCUUUGUUAAUAAUUGAAUAAAUCGUAAUCAAAAUGUUAACAAAUUUCGAGUCGAAAUCUGCGCGUGUUAAAGGUCUAUCAUUUCAUCCCAAACGCCCUUGGAUUCUAGCAACAUUACACAGUGGAAUAAUUCAACUAUGGGAUUACCGAAUGCAUACAUUGCUUGAAAAGUUUGAUGAACACGAAGGUCCUGUAAGAGGAAUAAAUUUUCAUUGUCAGCAACCAUUAUUCGUUUCUGGAGGAGAUGAUUUCAAAAUUAAAGUGUGGAAUUAUAAGCAACGCAAAUGUAUUUUUACAUUAUUAGCUCAUUUAGACUACGUACGUACUGUGGUAUUCCAUCGCGAAUACCCUUGGAUCUUAAGUGCAUCUGACGACCAAACUAUACGAAUUUGGAACUGGCAAUCAAGGAAUUGUAUAUGUACCUUAACUGGACAUAAUCAUUAUGUUAUGUGUGCUCAGUUCCAUCCAACAGAGGAUCAAAUUGUUUCUGCUUCCCUUGAUCAGACUGUAAGAGUAUGGGAUAUUUCUGGAAUUGCAAGUAGAGAUGGAAUGAAAGGAUUAAAAAAAAAAGUUUUCUCGUCAGGAAAUAAUGCUUUGGAGGAUCACAUUAAAUCUCCAAGUGGUGGAACAGAUUUAUUUGGGCAAGCUGAUGCAGUUGUUAAACAUGUACUAGAAGGUCAUGAUCGUGGUGUUAAUUGGGCAAGUUUUCAUCCUAGUUUACCAUUAAUUGCUUCGGGAGCUGAUGAUAGACAAGUAAAACUUUGGAGAAUGAAUGAAUAUAAAGCUUGGGAAGUUGAUACAUGUCGCGGACAUUAUCAUAAUGUUUCUUGUGUAAUAUUUCAUCCACGUCAGGAUUUAAUAAUUUCAAAUAGUGAAGAUAAAAGUAUCAGGGUAUGGGAUAUGACAAAAAGGCAAUGCCUAUUUACAUUCCGUAGGGAUCUAGAGCGAUUUUGGAUAUUAGCUGCACAUCCAACUUUGAAUUUGUUUGCUGCUGGUCAUGAUGGUGGUAUGAUAGUGUUUAAAUUAGAAAGAGAAAGGCCAGCUUACACUGUACAUGGAAAUAUUUUAUAUUAUGUGAAGGAUCGUUUCCUUCGCAAACUAGAUUUGACCACUACAAAGGAUACAGUAGUAAUGCAACUGAGAGGAAGUGGAAGCGGAAAGAACCCACCCGUUCAUAGCAUUUCAUAUAAUCCAGCAUUGAAUGCAGCGUUAGUUUGCACACGUACAAGUAAUUUAGAAAACUGUACUUAUGAUUUGUAUAGCUUGCCAUCAAAAGAUUCAGAAAAUCAGAGCUCCGAAUCAGAUAGCAAAAGGUCCUCAGGUAUUACGGCAAUUUGGGUGGCAAGAAAUCGUUUUGCAGUGUUAGAUCGUCACAAUCAAUUGGCUAUCAAGAACUUUAAAAAUGAAGUUACAAAAAAAAUUCCAAUGUUUUGUGAAGAAAUUUUUUAUGCUGGUACAGGCAUGCUUUUAAUCCGCGACCCUGAUUAUGUUACGUUAUAUGAAGUUCAAAGAUUAAUUGCAGUGGGAACAAUAAAAUUAGCUAAGUGUAGAUAUGUUGUGUGGUCCAGCGAUAUGGUACUUCUCGCACUUUUAUGCAAACAUUCAGUCACUAUUUGUGAUCGUCGCCUUCAACCAUUGUGUACCAUACAAGAAAAUACCAGAGUUAAAUCAGGUGCAUGGGAUGAGUCUGGAGUUUUCAUUUACACAACUAGCAAUCACAUAAAAUAUGCUAUACCAAAUGGUGAUCAUGGAAUAAUUCGCACACUUGAUUUGCCUAUUUAUUUAACCAAAAUAAAGGGUAAUCAAGUUUUUUGUUUGGAUCGUGAAUGUAGAUCACGUGUUUUAAAUAUUGAUCCCACUGAAUUUAAAUUUAAAUUGGCUCUUAUUAAUCGUAAAUAUGAUCAAGUACUCCAUAUGGUACGAAACGCACGUUUAGUUGGUCAGAGUAUUAUAGCGUAUCUUCAACAAAAGGGAUAUCCGGAGGUAGCAUUACAUUUUGUUAAAGAUGAAAAAACUAGAUUUACUUUGGCUUUGGAGUGUGGUAAUAUUGAGAUAGCUUUGGAGGCUGCCAAGGCUCUCGAUGAAAAAACUUGUUGGGAUAGAUUAGGACAAGCUGCUUUAAUGCAAGGGAAUCAUCAAGUUGUCGAAAUGUGCUAUCAAAGAACUAAAAAUUUCGAUAAAUUAUCAUUUUUAUAUUUAAUAACUGGAAAUCUUGAGAAACUAAAAAAAAUGAAUAAAAUCGCUGAAAUUCGAAAAGAUGUAUCAGCUCAGUAUCAAGGUGCACUCUUGUUAGGAGAUAUUAGGGAAAGAGUGAAUAUUUUAAAAAAUUGUGGGCAGACAUCAUUGGCUUAUCUGACUGCAGCAACACAUCAUGUGAAAGAUGAAGCGGACACUCUAAGAGAGGAACUGAAAGCAUCUGGAAAUCCAUUACCUGCCAUAAAACCAGGUGCCCAAUUUUUUGUUCCUCCUGUUCCGGUCCAGCAAACGGAAACUAAUUGGCCUCUUCUAACAGUAUCAAAAGGAUUUUUCGAAGGUGUUGUUCUUCCUAAAGAUAAAAGAAUAUUGGAAGCAGCCAAUAUUAGUAUUGCGACGAUUGAUGAAGGUCCUACCGAUGGUUGGGGCGCUGAUGCCGAUUUAGAUUUGGAUGAAGAAAAUGGCGAUGAUGAUAUUAUUGUCAAAGACAAUCCUGAAGAUGCUGAAGGUGCUGGCUGGGAUGUCGGUGAUGAGGAUUUAGUUGUACCAGACGAAAUUGCCCAAAAAAUAAAAUCGGUAGCUAAAUCUGGUGAUUACUAUGCUGUUCCAACUAGAAAUAAGUCUCCAGCACAACACUGGUCCAAUAGUUCGCAAUUAGUGAUUGAUCAUAUUAAAGGCGGUUCUUUUGAAAGUGCUUUUAGAUUGUUAAAUGAGCAAAUUGGGGCUGUUAAUUUCCAGCCGUUCAAAUCAAUUUUUUUGCAAAUAUUCGCAGCAUCAAAAACCAAGUUUCCAGGAUUGCCCAAUAUGACUUCUUUAAAUGCAUAUCCUUUACGUAACUGCAAAGAAACAAAUAUGAGCAAUAGUAGGCCAGCUUUAAGCGUUAAACUGAAUGAUUUGGUUCAAAGAUUGCAAGUGUGUUAUCAAUUAACAACGGGUGGUAAAUUUGUGGAUGCAAUACAAAAAUUCCAAUCAAUUUUACAUAAUGUUCCAUUAAUUGUCGUUGAUACAAAACAGGAAGUGGCUGAAGCACAACAGUUACUUAAAAUAUGUAGCGAUUAUAUAAUUGGAUUAAAAAUGGAAACUGCUAGAAAAGCUCUACCAAAAGCAACAUUAGAUGAACAAAAAAGAUUAUGUGAAAUGGCUGCAUAUUUUACCCAUUGUAAAUUACAACCAGUACAUCAAAUUCUAACUCUAAGAACCGCAUUAAAUAUGUUCUUUAAAUUGAAAAAUUAUAAAACAGCCGCAUCUUUUGCCAGACGAUUAUUAGAGAUGGGACCCCGACCAGAAGUAGCACAACAAGCUAGAAAAAUUCUUCAAGCUUGUGAAGUAAAUCCAACUGAUGAACAUGAACUAUUAUAUGAUGAAUUUAAUCCUUUCGAUAUUUGUGCUAUAAGUUUCAAACCGUUAUAUCGAGGAAAAGCACAAGAAAAAUGUCCAUUCUGUUCUGCGUCAUUUGAUCCUAAAUAUAAGGGAGCUUUAUGUACUGUAUGUGAAAUCAGUGAAGUUGGAAAAUCAGUAUCUGGGUUGAAAAUUUCAAAUAUUCAUGUUAGAUAAAUAUUAUUGUACGAUUUCAAUUAAAAAUUAUUUUAUGUUUAGUUUUACAAUACGUUUAAAUAAAAAAAAAAUUGUUAAAUUUAUAAAAAUUUAAUAAUAAUGGAAAGCGAAAUAUUUUAAACAACCCAUAGUAAACAACUUUUUUUUAAAUAAAUUUUUUUUUUCAUAAAUACGAUAAAAAUAAUCUAUUAUGUUAAUCUAUAUUAUUCUAUAAAAAUAAAGGA